AUGUCAACCUGCAAAAAUGAAAUGCCCCCCUCCCCUAUUCUGAAGUGUGCACAGCUCCUGAAUCCGAGGUUAUCCGCAGGCCUUGUUGUCAGUUUUGAGAUCAGGCCCGCAUAUCGCGGCGAACAGGGCACUGGUAUUGGCCCAACCCUGGAAUUCUUUUCUCUCGUGGCCGCCGAAUUGUGUCGAAAGUCUGGCCGUAUGUGGGUGGUGAAUGAGGAGGACUUUGAUGAGGCUGCCUCCGAGGUUGCCGUCACAGACCAACAUAUCGACAGUGCAAACACUGCCUCUGCUUCCACUCCACAACCCGGACCGUCGUCGUCCUCGAGAGAAGAACCAGAAGAGGUGGAGAAGGCUGACUUACCGAGUUCUGAGGCAAAGGCUUACGUAAAGGCGACCAAUGGACUUUUCCCAGCCCCCUACCCUCCGAACAAGAUUCCCGAAUCGGUUGUUAGGCGCUUCCACAUAAUGGGUAUCGCUGUGGCCAAAUCCCUGCAGGAUAACCGACGAAUCGACCUACCACUUUCGACACCCUUCCUGAAACUUAUUUCCGCCUUUGGCAACGUGCGGAGUCUGGAGAUGAAGUCCCUUGCACCAGAACAGGCCCUUCUUGAUCAAAUGAAAUGGUUCGUACAUUCAGAAGCAGCAAUGGAUCGGAUUAAUUUGCGAUCGAUUAUGACAGAUAUUAUCGGCCUCAAUACCAGCCAGCGUUCACACGGGCACUGGAUUACCGGUCUGCUGGACUUCGAUGAUUUCUGGUCGGUCGAUCCGGAACGUGGGCGCUUUUUCUACCAACUUUGUAAAUUUUGUCAGCGGAAGCGACGGCUCCAGGCCAUUUUCCCUGCCGAUGGCCUCACGCUUGACUGGCUAGAGAAUGCCGCCAUCGACGUAUUGGGCUGUAAAAUUAGUGACCUAUCGCUUGAAAUGGAGUUUAUACCCUCUGGACAGGUAAGUGAAUUUCGCUAG